UCUACCCCGGCAAAUCACGCGCGACCGCGGCGACGGCACCUUCGAUAUCGACUACGACGAUGGCGAGCGCGAGACGCGCGUCGAGGAGCGCCUCAUCCGCAAGAAGGACGGCGGCGGCGGCGGCGGCGGCGAUAGCUUCCGCGAGGGCGAGAAGGUCGAGGCGCGCUACCGCGGCAAGGAGCGCUACCACCCGGGCAAGAUCCGCCGCGACCGCGGCGACGACACCUACGACAUCGACUACGACGACGGCGAGACGGAGACCCGGGUCAAGGCGAGCUACAUCCGCUCCAAGGACGGCGGCGGCGCCCGGAGCCCGUCGCGCGGCUCGUCGUCGUCGGACAAGCUGCGCGAGGGCGACAAGGUCGAGGCCAGGUACCGGGGCCGCGAGAAGUACUACCCUGGCCGCAUCGAGCGCGACCGCGGCGAUGGCACGUACGAUGUCUACUACGACGACGGCGAAAAGGAGACGCGCGUCGAGGAGCGGUUGAUCCGGAAGAAGGACGGCGGCGGCGGCGGAGGCGGCAAGCUCCGGGAAGGCGACAAGGUGGAAGCGCGCUACCGGGGCCGCGAAAAGUACUAUCCGGGGAAGAUCACGCGGGACCGCGGCGACGGGACGUUCGACAUCGCCUACGACGACGGCGAGCGCGAGACGCGCGUGGAAGAGCGGCUCAUCCGAUCGAAGGACGGCGGCGGCAGCAGCGGCGGAGACAAGCUGCGGGAAGGCGAGAAGGUCGAAGCCAGGUAUCGGGGCCGGGAGAAGUACUACCCUGGCCGCAUCGAGCGCGACCGCGGCGAUGGCACCUACGACAUCUACUACGACGACGGCGAGAAGGAGACGCGCGUCGAAGAGCGCCUCAUCCGCAAGAAGGACGCGGGCGGCGGCAGCGGAGGUGGGAAGCUCCGGGAGGGCGACAAAGUCGAGGCGCGAUACCGAGGCCGCGAGAAGUACUACCCGGGCAAGAUCACGCGGGAUCGCGGCGACGGGACGUUCGACAUCGACUACGACGACGGCGAGCGCGAGACGCGCGUGGAAGAGCGGCUCAUCCGCGCCAAGGACGGCGGCGGCGGGGGCGGCGGCGGCCUGCGCGAGGGCGCCAAGGUCGAGGCGCGCUACCGGGGUCGCGAGAAGUACUACCCGGGCAAAAUCACGCGCGACCGCGGCGACGGCACCUUCGACAUCGAUUACGACGACGGCGAACGGGAGACGCGCGUCGAGGAGCGGCUCAUCCGGGCCAAGGAUGGCGGCGGCGGCGGUGGCGACAGCUUUCGCGAGGGCGAAAAGGUCGAGGCGCGGUACCGCGGCAAGGAGCGCUAUCACCCGGGCAAGAUCCGUCGGGAUCGCGGCGACGACACCUACGACAUCGACUACGACGACGGAGAAACUGAGACCCGGGUCAAGGCGAGCUACAUCCGCUCCAAGGACGGCGGCGGCGGCGGCGGGGGCGACAAGCUCCGGGAAGGCGACAAGGUCGAGGCGAGGUACCGCGGCCGGGAGAAAUACUACCCCGGGCGGAUCGAGCGCGACCGCGGCGACGGCACCUACGACAUCUACUACGAUGAUGGCGAGAAGGAGACGCGCGUCGAGGAGCGCUUGAUCCGCAAGAAGGACGCGGGCGGCGGCGGGGGCGGCGGGAAGCUCCGCGAGGGCGACAAGGUGGAAGCGCGCUACCGGGGCCGCGAGAAGUACUACCCGGGCAAGAUCGCGCGCGAUCGCGGCGACGGCACGUUCGACAUCAACUACGACGACGGCGAGCGCGAGACGCGCGUCGAGGAGCGCCUCAUCCGCGCCAAGGACGGCGGCGGCGGAAGCAGCGACAAGAUCCGCGAGGGCGACAAAGUCGAGGCGCGGUACCGCGGGCGGGAGAA